CGGUCCUUUAUCGGGGCAGAUUAUGAAGCAGCAGUCUUCGCUGGAGGAGAACGGCUCUGGAGGUUUUACAUGUAUACAUGGCAGCACCGAUGUCUCUGGCUUUAUUUUCAGUUAUUUUCCUGCAGAUAUCUUCGUCUUACGAACAAGUGCCUGCUUUUGUCGAGGGGAGUUCAGAUGAAGCAGCAUCACAAGACAGCCAAAUCAGAGAACAUGGAGUCGGUGGGGAGGGUCAGAGCGUCUCAUACGAUCACGGCUCGUUGUUCACAGUGGAGGAGAUGAGACCGGCUCUGCAGCCACAUGACUGGAGGCCGCUGUCUCCUCAGCCGAGCAGGAGAAGGUUGCUGCAGUACGGAGGAAUCAUGCCCUACUCUCCUCUGAACGUGGUUUACAACGGUAAAACCUGCAUCUUGUUUCGAGCCAGGAAGCUGGCCAUCAGGUACAGAAAUCACACACUAGUGGACCUCACACAGAGAGUGUUUGGCCCUGACGCAAUAGUGGACACCAGAGGCUCAUUCUGCAGCAAGGACAAGGCCACACUCAACAUACGAUUUGGAGAUAUAGAGGAGCUCCGAGGACUUUCCAUCAGACUGCAGAUGUCCAACACGUUCUACGAGUCAGCAGGACAGAACUGGUUCACUCUAGACAGCGUCCACAUCCACUACAACUGGACACAUGAGGCCACGUUCAAUGCCACGGACGUGUACGCUCCUUCCACCAACUCGUACCACUGCCAGUAUGUCAGCAGCCUGCAGAAAUACGACACGCUGCUGGUGCCGAGCUCCAACACGGACAAUGCGGCAAACUGGCACAUCACCUUCACAGACUUCCAGAUUCAAGCGUUCAACGUCCACUCCAACAAGUUCUCCUCAGCCAGUGACUGCGCCACCUUCUUCACCCCGGCCAUCCUCAUGGGUCUCAUCACGUCGCUGAUCCUGCUGCUUGUCCUCGCCUACGCCCUGCACAUGGUGGUCCACCUCAAGCACAUCGACCGCUACGAAGAGCACAAGACGACCGUCUACUUCCCCCGAAGCACAGAAGCUGAGAGCACUGACAAGAACAACCAGUAGACCAGUCGGAACCCCUCUCCGACCUCCAAGCACAGAGACGGACAGUUCGGCGACUCUGAGCUCUCGAGCCCGUACGAGCGAAAGCGCAGGAGCAGGCUGGAGGUGUCGCGGUUAAGAGCGUUUUUCGCUUCUGACUGUGCUACUACACUCGCAGGAUUGUGGUAGGACAGAAAGAGCGGAUUCCUGCCGGAUUUUAAAAUUGGAGAUAUCCAGAUUUGUAUCUACCACUAGACCCUUUUGUUUUUCGCAAGAGGUGUUGCAAACGAUCAGGAUCUGGAGGAAUACCUGAGUAAAUUCCAAUUAGCACAGUGUACUUUGAAUUUAUAUCGUCUGUCUCAUUAUAAGCAUAUAACCUCCUGGUGAGAAUCAGGUUAAAUAUUAUACGGACACUUUAUUACACUUCACUUACAAACUGUGUAUGAACCAUUAUGAUUUAGAUAGUGUAUUAGACAUUAAAAACAUGGGAAUACUAUACUCAAACCUUUGAUUCUCUUUACACAAAAAUUAAAAAUAAAAUAUUUUAAAAAAAUUAUUGUCUGAACAGGACCGGUCAAAAGUUAGGACACAGCUGAUUGAAUGUAUGUUAUUCGACAGAUUUCGGAAGGCCUCAGCUUCCAAAAGAAAACUUUAAUUUAAGGGAAAAAUCAGCCAUGAGGUAGUUUCUGAUGAAGCUACGAGUAUGAAAAUAUUAUCAGGGCUACAUUGAAUUAUCUGAAAUAUACAGUUAAAGACCUAAAAUAUAAAAGAACAUAUUUUUAGUUAAAGAUAAUCUUUUUUAUAUACGAUCGGUGAAUUGACUGUUAUUCUCAAAUGCGAAAUAUAAUACCUUCUACGCCAAGGUGUGUCCAAACUUCUUCACCGGUACUGUAUGCGACUGACGGUAUAUAUAUAUAAAGUAAUGGUUUCUAUGCAGUAUGUAACAACCCAAGUGUCAUGAAAUCCCUCCGAAAUUUAGAGGACGACGUAAGAUAUUUGAUUGUUUCCUGGCACUCUUUCUGGACGAUGUGUUUUGAGAUAGUUGUGUUCUUGCUUUUUUCUUUUUUUUUUUGGUGCAUCUUGUAUGUUUUGUAAUUUCUUCUUUUUACAAAACUUCUUUUUAAGUGAAUGCAUACAAGCUGAGCCUCUGACAAUGAGAUGGAUCCAAACCUCUUAUAAGCUACAUGGAUUUUAUCUACCACCAUUGAAGCACAAGUGAAGCAACGCUAAGUUGUAACAUACAGCAUGUUGCUAGAAACAUUUCAGUAUCACAAUCGUAUAAAUGUAAACAAUAACUGAUGAUAGUCAUUAUAUGCUAAGUGAAAGGGAAUAAGCCUGUCCUUUUUUCCAUUUACACACAUAUAUGAAAUGGGCUAUUGUGUAUUGAUGUGGAAUAAUUAUUGUCCCCAAUAUUUCUGUUGAGUUCAAUAAAACCAGCAGUUCAUUCA